AUGGCUGCCCCCGAAUCGUCACCGCGCCGGCCCACGCGCACCCCUGCGAGACCGCGCGCUGCCUCGUCGCAGAUCCUGGAUUCCGAGCCUCCCUCAAAACGAAGGAGAUACGUCCCCGGCGGCCCUGGAGGUGGUGGACGCUGGAUCGACGAAGAAGGACAUAUCGAGCCCAAGAAGUUCCCGCCGUCCGCCCCCUUCCACACGUCCGCGCAGAGACCGAGAUCGAAACCGCGAUCGUCGACCAACUGCCACCCCCGACCCCGUUACAGCAGUGCCGCCGCUGCAGCCGCCGCAAGUCAAGCCAGUGAUGGAUACAAGCCCCGAGAAGAAAGAAGCUGGGAAGAGUUCCAUCCGAAUCUCGAUGUCGAGCAGUGCCUCACUCUGUUCUCGGCCGAUCACGUUGACGGGCGCAAUGUCGACACACUCCUGAUUGAGAACGAGGUGCCUCCUCCGAUAGCGUCAUUCAUGCACAUGGAGACUCCUAUCAAGCGCAAGCCUGGCCGGCCACCGAAACGACCCGAGAGCAUGCUAUCUGGCCUUGGCUCCCCUCCCGCACCUCGCAUCCUGCCCCUGCCUACACACAACCCUAAGGAACGCCUUAACCUACCCAAGCCAGCAUAUCGUAACGUCGACACUUUCGCCCAGUAUGAGCAGCAAGGCUCAAACCAAAGAAACUACGUCGACAAGUCCAUGGCUCAUGUUGGCUACCAAGAGGGGGAUCGCUUUGAUAUACCCAAACACAUCCUGAUCCGUCAUGUCGAAGGCCCCUACGACGACGAUAGCAUCACUGGCCUUGUCGUCAAGUCUGACAAGACCGAGGAAGCUCGUCCACCUGUCGUCUUCAACGUCGAGUAUGACAUGGACGAACAGGACGAGCGAUGGUUGGAAAUGCACAAUGCUCGUCGCAAGGAGGACCAGGCAGAGCCCAUCAAGCCCGCCCUUUUCGAGAUCACCAUGACUCAGAUCGAGCGCGAAUACUACGCCCUCGAGAAAAAGAUCCCCAAGCCAAAUCCGAGACACGCCCAAAUCACAAGACCGCGCUCGAGUUCGGCCGCAGCAGUCAAUGGAGAACCCAGCGGACCAGCCGACGAACCCGACACUAAGUGUGCUGUAUGCGACGAUGGUGACUGUGAGAACGCCAACGCCAUCAUUUUCUGCGACGGCUGCGACCUGGCCGUUCACCAGGAGUGCUAUGGAGUUCCCUUCAUCCCUGAAGGCCAGUGGUUCUGUCGGAAAUGCAAGGAAAUCGGUCGUGGCACUCCCACUUGUGUCUUCUGUCCCAACGUGGACGGCGCCUUCAAGCAAACGAAUACGUUGCGCUGGUCUCAUCUGCUUUGCGCUCUCUGGAUCCCUGAAAUCACUAUUGCCAACAUGACCUUCAUGGAGCCCGUCACCGACGUCGAAAAGGUACCUCAAAGUCGCUGGAGGCUCAAAUGUUAUCUCUGCCAACAGAAUAUGGGUGCUUGUAUCCAAUGUGGCAACAAGGCUUGCUAUUCGGCAUUCCAUGUCACAUGUGCGAGAAGGGCCAAAUUGUUCCUCAGAAUGAAGUCUACCCAUUCUGGAGGCAUCGACGCUUCCGUGCUCAAGGCUUUCUGCGACAAACAUGUUCCUCAAGAUUGGCGCAAUGAACACGACGUUGACACUGCUGUCGCAGAAGCCAAGCGCUACUACAGACACACAAUGAAGAACAGAAAAUGGGCAGACAGCUCUAGUACUGCUGUUGCCGCGACUCCUGCGAUCCAGCCAGAUUCGACUGCCGAAAAUGUAGACGAACUGGGCCACGCCGACGAUACCAUCGUUGUUGCUGCAAACAAGCGUAAGAAAGCCCAACCUCAGAAAGCCGGCUGGCGUUUGCCAUCGGGCGCGCCCGUCGUACCUGCUGUUGUCUUCAAUACAGUUGACAACUCCNUCGGACGGUUCUCGCUUAGGAAGCGAAAAGAGUUUGUUACCGAAGCUUGCAAGUACUGGACACUGAAGAGGGAGGCUCGCAAGGGUGCUGCUUUGCUGAAACGUCUCCAACUAUCACUGGAAUCUUUCUCCNCUAUGGAGAUCACUCGUCGUAACUUCUCGGGUAUGGGUGCUGCUGGCAGACCACGCUUGCUCAGACGAAUCGAGUUCGGUGAUAUCCUCAGUAAGGAUGUGAACAGACUGGAAACCCUCAUUACCGACGUUCGCCAACGCGAAGAGUUGAGCCUUGCCGAUACUACUGAAGUCCUCAAGAGCCUUAUUGACAACGUUUACUUCCCUAUCACUCCUCUGCUUCGACCAAUUCUGCAACGAGCGCAAAAACUUGACGAGAAGAGCGGCUUCUUCAAAGAUGGAUUCGAAGAGCUCGAGCGAAAACUGUCUGAACGACAAUACAUAUCCGUUGCUGAGUUUUCUGAAGACAUCUUGACAGUGUUGUCCAGUGAUAAUACGAGUGUUGACAACAACGUCACCGAAGUUCAAGAUGUAACCGACACGCAGCAUCAACUUGACGAACCUGUCGACACUCCAGAGCACAGGGCUUUGACACCAGAACAAAAGGAGCUUAAGAAGGUCCGCAAACGAAUAAUCAAGCCCGUCAGGGAACUUCUCGAGAAAGCAUCGACACGAGAAGCGGAGUUGAAAUGCAUACCGGUGGAAGAAAACCCGAGAUGGGCUGAAUUCGACGCACUUCUCGAAGACUCGGUCCAGACAAAUGGUGCACUGCCAACUACAGAGAAUGAUGACAACAUCUCACCGGAUACAAGUGUUUCCGUAGUUGCAGGCGCAUCUCCCAGUCACACUAACAACCGUGCUGACGAGGAUGUUGACAUGCUGGACGAUGAUGACGAAGAUGCUGAAGGCGAACCAGAUGUGGAAGUCAACGCUACCGCUCACGCACCAGUAAACGCAGGAGUCUUACCUGCAAAGGGAACCAUAUUCAAGCCGAUGCAGCCUUUAUCGCCACCAAACUCUACAUCAAGUGUUGCUAACAACAACGUCGAUGCAACCAUUGAGCCUGGCAACCAAGAGCUUGCACCACCUCCUGUUGUUGCGAACGACCCAUGGGCCCACGGCGGAAUACCAUGGUAUCUAGAACUUUUCGACAUCGAUGGCACGACGGUGCACGAGGAACGUUGGUCAGGCCGCGACGCCAUGUCAGAAGAGCUCACCGACCUCGACGAGGAAGAAGUGGCUGUCCUUUGCGACAAACCUGCCGCUUCCGUCGAGGCGGACGAUAACACCAAGAGCCGAACCAGGAGCUCGGCACGAAUCAAGCGCGCUGAGGAAAACAGCACCACGUCAAACGAAGAGGAGAAUGCUCCGGCAGAAGUACAGAUGACUGAAGAGCAAAGAGCAGACAGGGAGAAAAAGGACAAGGCGAAUGCGAAGCGCAGGGCCCAGAGAAGGCGCAAGUGGUAA